UAAAAAACUGUAUGUACAAAACAGCUGAUGAGUGAAGAAAAGCGACUAAUCAUAGUUUUUUUAAAUAUUGUCACUUAUAAACAAAACUCAUAAUGGCAGAGGUACAGACAUUAAUCGAAAUGGGAUUCCCUAAAGAGCGAGCUGAAAAAGCUCUUGCAGUGACGAAUUACAAGGGCGUAGAGCCUGCUAUGGAAUGGCUCUUAGCUCAUGCAGACGAUCCUGAACCAAGUGUGGGACAAGCGCUUGUGGAUAACUCAAAUGUACGUAGCAAUGAAGCCACUGAAGCACCUGCCCCGGCUUCUGAACCUAGCACCGAACAAGAAGCUAAGUCCUUCAAAUGUGACGAGUGCGGCAAAUUAUUUAAAAAUCAAGACGAAAUGGAGUUUCACGCUGCUAAAACGAACCAUAGCAGUUUUUCAGAGUCAACAGAGGAGAAAAAACCUCUGUCAGAAGAAGAGAGGAAAGCGCAGUUAGCGUUACUGGAAGACAGAAUGAAACAGAAACGAAAAGAAAGAGAGGAGAGGGACAAGGCUGAAGCACUUGAACGUGAAAGACUGCGAAUUAAAUCUGGUAAGGAUCUCCAGGAAGCUCGACAGAGACUCCAGGAACAGGAGAUGCAAAAAUUAGUAGAACAAAGACGCAAGGAAAAGUUGGAAGAUCAGAGAGCAAGAGAACGGGUCCGAGCACAAAUAGAAGCUGACAAACAGGCUAGAAAGCUUGCAGCAUCAGGUCAGCCUGCCCCUGAACCUGCACCGGCCCCAAUGCCAGUCACAAAUCCCACACCGGCACCGAAGGUUGCAUAUGAUCAAGCUCGUAUUCAAUUGAGGUUUCCUGAUGGGCAAUCUCUUUCGCAUACAUUCUCUGCUAAAGAACAGUUGGCAGCUGUUAGGUUAUACCUGCAAGUCAACAAACCUGAAUAUGCAGAAAAUACUAAUUACAAAUUAAUGACGACAUUCCCAAAGAAGAUAUUCUCUACAGAAGACUAUGAAACACCAUUAGAGUUGUUAGGUCUGGUGCCAUCAGCGGUUAUCAUCGUUUCAAGGGGUGCUCAGUAACAUGUUUUUUCUAUACCUGGGCUAUGGUAGUUUUGUGUAAUGUGGAAUGUGACAUUUCUAAAAUAAUUACAGAUUAAAUAAACUGAAUAUUUAUGCUUAACUGGUCUGUGCUAAAGUUGUGGUUACAAAUACAAUAAAGUUUUGAAAUGAGUAAUCAUA